AUGGCGAAAAUCGCAACCGACUUCAACAAGAUCAUCAAUGCAGGACGCGAGCGCAAGAAGAACGAAGCCCUCGCUGCCAAGAUCUUUGGCAGCAAAGACAACCGUCGCUCCAGCGCCCCAGGCAACACCAGCAGCAACAGCGCAGUAGGAGGCUCGCUCGCGAGUAGAGUAGGCGUAAAGAAGGCGGGUGCGCGGGGAGCAGCAGGUGGAGGAGCCAAGGCAGCUGCUGUGCCGGCUGGCAAUAUCAAUGGCGAGUGGCUGCACGACUUGCACGGCACGCGCACGACCCCCAAUCUCCGGGCCCGCGGCCAGCAGCAGCAACAACAACAACAACAGCAACAGCAACAGCCCAUCGGCGGUGCCCUGGCCGCCAGGAUACACGCCCCCGGUACCAAGCCCGCUGCGGCCAAGACAAAAGGCGGCAUCCCGACGGGCCCCCGCAAUGCGAAUAACCGCGCCGCCAGACUUGCCAGUGCCGUGUCGCGGACCUCCAACACCCAGAUGAACGUUGCGCAGGCGCCGUCUCGGGGCCUGUCGAUCCGCGGUCUGGCUGGACCUUAUGCGGUGAUGGCGCAAAACUUUGCGCCCGGCACGACGGCCGCGGAUAUCGAGAGCGCAAUGACACCCGUCGGCGGCAUCGUAUCGAGCUGCAAAUUGAUCAAAGUUCAGCCCAUUGUCAUUGCCGAGGUUGUCUUUGAGAGCAAGGAGGGAGCUGAUAGGGUGAUUCAGACGUUCAACAACCAAACAGCUGACGGACGUCUGCUUCAUGUCUACCAUAAGCCAGCUGGCAGCCCCAGCUACAACCCGCCCUCUGCGCCCCGGGCCCAACGAUCGAACGAAUCGAGGUCCGGGACCGGCGUGGUAGUUGACGGCUCAAACGGCUUUGACGACCCCAUGGACUCGGAUCACCACAACGAUAGCAGCCUCUACAGCGACCAGCUCGUCAACAGAUCCGACGCCAGUCGUCGGGGACGAGGUUUCCAGAACCGUGGCGGCCGUGGCCGGUAG